GAAUGUGCAAAUGUAUUGCUUUUUUAUCAGAUUCCUCCCCCACCACCUAAGCCUGAUUUUGAUGCAUCAAGAGAAAAACUUCAAAAGUUAGGAGAAGGUGAAGGAACAAUGACUAAAGAAGAAUUCAAUAAAAUGAAACAAGAGUUGGAAGCGGAAUACUUGGCAACAUUUAAAAAGACUGUGGCGAUGCAUGAAGUUUUCUUACAAAGGCUAGCAGCCCAUCCUGCAUUAAGAACUGAUCACAACUUUAGAGUGUUCUUAGAAUAUGAUCAAGAAUUGAGUGUUAGAGGCAAAAACAAAAAGGAAAAGUUGGGUGGUAUAUUUAAAACAUUCACAAAAUCCAUGGAUGAGGUACUGUUGUCUGGACAAAAGGAUGUUGAUAGUUUCUUUGAACAUGAAAAGGGUUUUUUAGUGGAAUACCAUCUGCGAGUGAAAGAUACAACACGUAAAGCUGAUGAGAUGACCAGGAAGCAUAAAGAUGUUGCUGAUAGUUAUAUUAAGAUAUCUGGCGGCUUUGUUGGUUUAGGUACAAUAGAAAAUACACAGCUAGAUAAUCAACUUGGAGGGAGAAAUAAUUCACG